AUAAGUUAGGCUCUGGCUCUACUAGCAUUCAGACUACACUACUGUCACUUGAUCUGCUUCACCAAUAUAACCUUGGCCUUCAUCCACUCACUGUGUGUGUAAAAAAGACUGCCUAGAGUCUCUUCAGUUAGUCUCAGCCUGUCCAACUGCAGCAACUCUCGGAUACUGUGAGAAUGUCGGAUCAGUCGGUCUUUGAUGUGGACGUAUGGACCCUCACUCGCUUCGUGAUGGAGAAGGGGCGGAAGGUGAAGGGGGCCACCGGAGAACUCACACAGCUCAUUAAUUCCUUGUUAACUGCUAUUAAAGCCAUCUCAUCUGCUGUCAGGAAAGCUGGACUCAAUCAUCUUCAAGGUCUUGCCGGGCAGGUGAACGUCACAGGCGAUGAGCAGAAGAAGUUGGAUGUGCUUUCCAAUGAUCUGGUCAUCAAUAUGCUGUAUUCCUCUUAUGGCACCUGUUUGAUGGUUUCUGAGGAGAACAAGGAUGUCAUCUACACACCUGCUGAGAAAAGAGGAAAGUAUAUAGUCUGUUUUGAUCCCCUGGAUGGCUCCUCCAACAUUGACUGUUUGGCCCCCAUUGGCACCAUCUUUGCCAUCUACAAAAGAAUUGACGAGACCUCAGACGGAGAACCGACUGUCAAGGACGCUCUACAGCCGGGCAAUCAGAUCGUGUGUGCGGGUUACGCGCUUUACGGCAGCGCCACGGUAGUGGCUAUCAGUACAGGGACUGGAGUUGACUUCUUCAUGCUGGAUCCAGCAAUUGGAGAAUUUAUUCUUACAGACAGAAAUGUGAAGAUCAAGAAAAAGGGGAACAUUUACAGCAUCAACGAGGGCUAUGCUAAGUACUUUGAUCCUGCAGUCAAUGAGUAUAUAAAGCACAAGAAAUACCCAGAGGAUGGCAGUGCCCCGUAUGGUGCCAGGUAUGUUGGGUCGAUGGUGUCUGAUAUACACCGUACCAUUGCUUAUGGCGGCAUAUUCAUGUACCCAGCCAAUGAGAAGAGCCCAAAAGGAAAGCUGAGGUUGCUGUACGAGUGUAACCCCAUAGCCUUCCUGAUCGAGCAGGCCGGAGGCAUCGCCACGACAGGCACCCAGCGCGUCCUGGAUAUUAUUCCCGAGGAUCUGCACCAGAGAGCGCCCUUUGUGGGGGGCUCUCCAGAUGAUGUGGAGGAGUAUUUGUCCUUUGUCAAGAAACAUAAAAAAUAGAGAUUUAGGUUGCGAUUUGAUCCACUGAAAAUCACAUGACAUCGAGAUGAUAGCAUGCAAAACACCACAGUAGCUUUUUUUAAACUGUAGAAGCAAUGCUUUUGUAAACAGAAUCACAUUAAAUUUUCUGUAUUUAAAAUCA